CCAGCGCUGGUUGCGCUCAACGGUGGCCGCAUUAUUCACUAGCAGAAACAGAUACGAUAUUGAUUACUAGUGAAAGGAGCUCAACUUUCCAGCAGUCCUUACGUUUCAAAGUUCUUAGAAAAAUAGCUCAUCAUGCCCAACAGGAAACUCGCUCUCAUCUUUCUUCUGCUGGGCACGGUGAUAACUUUUAAAGGGCAUUGCAACGAAAUCAAGCCGAGAUUUGCCGAACUUAUUCCAAAUGUGACAGUUCCGGCUGGACGAGACGUGGAGUUCCCUUGCAUCGUGGAAAAUCUGGGCAAUUAUAGGGCUGCCUGGUUGAAAGUUGAAUCAAAAGCAAUCCUCUCAAUUCACCAAAAUGUCAUUACUAGAAACUAUCGGAUUAGCUUGAGUCACUCCGACAACAAGAACUUCGUGCUGCAGCUGCGACACGUUCAGGAGUCAGACAAAGGAGGUUACAUGUGUCAGUUAAACACGGUACCGAUGAUGAGUCAAGUUGGAUACCUUGAUGUAUUAUUUCCACCGGAAAUUGACUUGAAAAGUUCUAGUGUAGAUGAAAUGGUGAGAGAAGGAUCCAAUGUUACCUUGUCUUGCUUGGCUAAAGGUUACCCGACUCCCAAACUCACGUGGCGAAGAGAGGACAGUCGUCCUAUAAGUAUCAAGGGACUUGAUGGGAACGUACAACAAGUGAAUACCUACGAGGGUGAGCACUUAACGUUGGUCAAUAUCACUAGGCAACAUGCUGGGGCCUAUCUUUGUAUUGCUGUUAAUGGUGUACCUCCCUCUGUCAGUAAGCGGUUAAUGCUCUAUGUGGAAUAUUUACCAACGGUAACCGUCCCUGGAGGCUUUAUUGGAGCAGAGCUGAAAACAACACCUGUUCUAACGUGUUUAGUGGUUUCAUUUCCUUCUUCAAGUAUCUAUUGGGUUAAAGAAACCGGUGCUGGACUGACUUCGGGAAGCAAGUAUAACAUCAGCACUCAACAUGUUGAGGAAAAUAAGAUCCAAAGUAAUCUUAGUAUUAACAAUCUCCAAGAAACUGACUUAGGAGUUUAUAAAUGCUUGGCUAAAAACACCGUGGGAACAGGGAUAGCAGAAACCUACCUAUUUAGUAAAUAAGAAACCA